UAUGUGUGGACAGCAAAAGUGUGUGCGUGAUAACGGCAAAUCAAGAAAAGUGAUGAAACGUCAAAACAAACUUUUUUUCCUGUUUACGAAUCGUUUCAAACUCGUCCAACUUUCAGUUUUUCUAUGCAGUUGUUUCGAACUCCAUUAUUUCUUUUGGGUUAAACAGGGUACCUCGGCGGAAACAGGUUACCUUAGCGGAAACGGAAACAAGCGGAAACUCGGUGGUGGCGGAAACCCGGCAGCGAUUUAAUGAUUGAAAAUGGAUUCCGCAGAGGCGCAGAAAAGAUACGCAGAAAAGAUUGCCAUGUGUAAGGGAUUUGAUCCUUUGAAAAUUAAAACAUCAGUAACUGAUGUUCCGCUCAACGUGACGUUUGCGCAAAUCUACCAGUUCAUGGUACUGGAUCCGAAUCCGUUCACCGGGCAUGCAAAGGAUUCUACAAAAGGAAUGGAGGCUAUUUUGUACUUCAAAAAUGGUUGGGUGAAAAAAGUGGCUGGGAAGAAAAUUCAGAAUGUCUUCAUUAUCCACGGAACAGUACAUCACUCAUUUUCGUUGAAUGACCCUCCACUAUGCCCGUGGAUAGUCGUUGAGGAAAACGGGACGAUAUUGGCCGCACAUUGUACAUGCGCUAUAGGAAUUCUCGAGUCUUGCAGCCACGUUGGAGCAACGUUAUUUGCCUUAGAUGGUAUUAGAGUCGCAGUUUUAGAACAAAAGCUUUCCGUCACCGAUCUUCCGGCGUAUUGGAAGAAGCCGCCAUCAAUAAAUCAAGAGCUAUACAAAAAAAUUCGGGAUAUCAAUUUCGGCAAAAGAGUUGAAAAAUUUUAUCCAUCGGUCGAGUCAGUUUCGAAAAAUGAUCCUCGCUAUGUGGAGCUUCUACAGUCAAUGCAAGAAGAUGGUAUAAACUGUGCGGCUACGUCUGUUUUUUGUGGUGAAUCAAAUUGUAGUUUUCUAUGUAAAACUUGCAACGAAGAGAAGGUAUUGGACGAAAAGUUUCAAACGUUCGAUUUAACGAAGCUAUAUAAUCCAUCCCACCGUCAGAAACCGUGCGAUGAAUUACUGAAACUAUCCCAAAAUAUUUAUCAAAAUAUGGAUAAUGACCCUCACAUCAUCCAUGAAAUAGAAGUCAGUACAUCUCUCCAAAACGAAUCGCAGUUGUGGAUGAAGCUAAGAUGUGGUCGAAUUACUGCCUCUGUUUUGAAGGAUGUUUGUCAUACAACCUUUAAUAAUCCUUCAUUAUCAGUUGUGAAGCAAAUUUGUUACCCGAACCACAUUUCUUUUUCGUCACCAGCAAUUCAGUAUGGUAGAAAGUAUGAGUUUCAAGCAGUAAGUGCUUUAUUUCAGGCAGUAGAGGGAAGCCAUACGGACUUGAAACUUUUAAAAUCUGGACUGCAUCUCUCACAAGAGAAUCCUUGCUUGGGAGCAUCACCUGAUGCAAUUUUGCAUUGUCGAUGCCAUGGCAUAAUUACGGUUGAGGUUAAAUGCCCUUAUUCUUCCAAAGAUGCUGAUAAUCUUCGGGAUGUUUUGCUCAAAUUAAAAGACCGUUAUGUUGACGUGGACGAACAUGGAAACAUUGUUAUGAACACAAGGCAUAAAUAUUACUACCAGACAUUGAUGCAGGUUCAUAUUUGUAAAGCGACAUUCGGAUAUUUUUAUAUAUGGUCCCCUAAGGAUACACUUUUAUUUCAAGUAAAGCGAAAUGAAACUUAUUGGACAUAUUGUAGAGAUCGUGCAAUAUUGUUUUUCAAAAAUGUAAUACUUUUGGAGUUGUUAGCUAAAACGUUUACAGAUCGUAAAUAGAAUAAUUAUGACAAUAAACCAUAACGAAAAGAAUAUGUUUGAGUUUUUUUUAUAUGUAUUAUCAAUAUUAUAAAUUUUGCUUUAUUGUGGUACAACAGACGGACAUAAAUUAACUAGAGCAGAUGUUAUAGUUAUUAUUUGAUCUAAAGCUAGUGUGUUGUUAUUCCAUCGCUCAAGUAGUGAAAUUGGAAUUGUAUCAGUUAGAAUUAAGAAUUUUUGGCGCAGUACUCCUAUUAUUCUUUCUACAUGGAUGCGUAAUGAUGAAAGUUCUUUAGACGCAAUAGCAUCAAGUGGUUCAAGCUGCCUAUUUUUCCUUUUAAAUGCUGGAUAGGACACAGAUGCGUUGAUAGGACUUAACAGAUCUUCUAUCAAAAAUCCACGAUCCGCCAUGAUAAAAUCUCCAUCUUGCAAGAAAUUCAAAAACCCUGAUUGCUUAAUUAUUUCUUUAUCCGAAAUUCUACCACCAAAAGCUUCUGACAUGAA